AUGUCCUUCCUCGGUGGCGCUGAGUGCUCGACGGCGGGAAACCCAUUAACACAGUUCACCAAGCAUGUUCAAGAUGAUAAGUCCCUGCAACGGGAUCGUCUCGUCGGAAGAGGCCCUGGUGGCAUGCAGGAGGGUAUGCGGUCGACGGGGAUGAUGGGUGGUCAGGAUCAGAUGAUGGAUGAAUUCGCUCAACAGCCCGGGCAAUUGCCCGGUGCCCCUCCUCAGCCCUUUGCAAUGGAACAGCUCCGACGCGAGUUAGAUCACUUUCAGACUACGCCGCCUCGAACGGGCUCCCCCGGCUGGGCCGCCGAAUUCGAUGCCGGCGAGCACGCCCGGAUGGAAGCUGCCUUUGCCGGUCCCCAAGGCCCCAUGAUGAACAACAACUCCGGAUUCACACCGGCCGAGUUUGCCCGCUUCCAGCAGCAGAGCAGAGUCGGCAUGCCUCAGACGUCGAGCCCGGUCACCGCGGGCCCGUCUCCGAUGAUGGGUGGCUACCAGCGGCCGAUGGGAGGUAUGGGAUAUAUGGGGAUGGGUGGAAUGGGGAUGAUGAGGCCUUCGUAUGGCCCGAUGGGCAUGCAGCAGCCGCAGCAACCGGCCGAGGCCAUGACCCAAGAUAAAGGAAAGGGGCGCAUGGUCGAACUGGACGAUGAGAACUGGGAGGCGCAGUUCGCGGAGAUGGAGACGGCGGGAAACCAGAAAUUGGACACCGAGGCCAACGAUGCUAUUGAGGCGGAGCUGAACGAUCUUGACAGGUCAGUCCCCGCAGAUAAUGGUGAUUUUGAGAGUGUAUGGGAAAGAGUCCAGACUGAGAUGGCAGCUUCCAGGAAACUGGCAGAGGAAGAUACCGACUUCAACGUGAACGAAAACCUUCACAUGGGCGAUCUAGGCGAGUGGGAUAGCUUUGACACGCUCAACACCCGGUUCCGAGAUCCUCAGCUCGGCGAUUACAUGUUCGAAGAAGAUAAUGUGUUCCGGAGUGUGAACAACCCAUUCGAGGAAGGUGUGAAGAUCAUGCGUGAGGGUGGCAAUCUGUCGCUGGCUGCUUUGGCCUUCGAAGCAGCGGUGCAGAAGGACCCCCAGCAUGUGCAGGCCUGGACGAUGCUGGGAUCUGCCCAAGCCCAGAACGAAAAGGAACUCCCUGCCAUCCGUGCUCUGGAACAGGCACUGAAGAUCGACGAGCAUAAUCUAGACGCGCUUAUGGGAUUGGCUGUCUCAUACACCAACGAAGGCUACGAUUCAACGGCCUACCGCACCCUCGAGCGUUGGCUUUCCGCCAAAUACCCCCAAGUUAUCAACCCCAAGGAUGUUUCCUCCGACGCAGACCUGGGAUUCACGGACCGCCAGAUCCUCCAUGAUCGAGUCACUGAUCUAUUCAUCCAGGCAGCUCAGCUGUCGCCUUCGGGAGAGCACAUGGACCCAGACGUUCAAGUCGGGCUGGGAGUUCUCUUCUACUGUGCCGAGGAGUACGAUAAGGCCGUGGAUUGCUUUUCGGCUGCAUUGGCAUCCACCGAAUCCGGAACCACAAACCAGCAGGAGCAGCUUCACCUCCUAUGGAACCGCCUUGGAGCCACUCUCGCGAACUCUGGUCGGUCCGAAGAAGCCAUCGAGGCCUACGAGCAAGCCCUCAACAUUAACCCCAACUUCGUCCGCGCUCGGUACAACCUCGGCGUAUCGUGCAUCAACAUCGGCUGCUACCCCGAAGCCGCACAGCACCUUCUGGGCGCCUUGUCCAUGCAUCGCGUUGUUGAGCAAGAGGGUCGUGAGCGUGCGCGGGAAAUCGUCGGCGGCGGAGAAGGUGGAAUCGAUGACGAGCAACUGGAGCGCAUGCUCCACGUCACCCAGAACCAGAGCACGAACCUGUACGAUACGCUGCGGCGUUCGACCAUGGCUGUUGCAACAGGCGCCCAGCUGAUUGCCCAGACGCUGCGCGAUCUAGGCGUCACCGUGAUCUUCGGCAUCGUGGGGAUCCCAGUAGUCGAGAUUGCCGAAGAAGCCAUCAAUCUUGGGAUCCGAUUCGUGGCCUUCCGCAAUGAACAAGCGUGCAGUUAUGCUGCGAGUGUCUACGGAUAUAUGACGGGACGGCCAGGUGUCUGUCUUGUCGUCGGAGGACCCGGAGUUCUCCAUGCGUUGGCCGGGAUUGGUAAUUCAUCUGCCAACAAUUUCCCGCUGUUGGUGCUCGCCGGAUCGGCCGAGACAACCGCCGUCACGAAGGGCGCCUUCCAGGAGAUGGAUGCCGUUUCGUUCCUCACCCCUCAUACUAAAUUUGCCGUGCGCACGACCUCUUUAGACUUUGUGAACGGGGCUGUUAAAAACGCCUAUCGAACGUGCUGGUAUGGUCGCCCCGGACCGACCUUCGUCGACCUACCCGCAGACAUUAUCCAGGGGAAGGCCGCGCCUGGGUUUCGUCUGCCGGCGCCGGAAACCACGCUGGUCGCAGCACCGCCCAGGACGGCCGGCGAUCCGGCAUCCAUCUCCAAAGCUGUGGAGCUGCUGCGGACUGCCCGCUCCCCGCUGUUGAUAGUCGGCAAAGGUGCUGCGUAUGCGAGGGCUGAAUCGGUGAUAUGUCAACUGGUGGAGCAGACACAGAUUCCGUUCUUGCCUACGCCGAUGGGCAAGGGUGUGGUUCCGGACUCUCAUCCCCUCAACGCAUCGAGCGCCCGCAGCGCGGCACUCAAGCACGCGGAUGUGGUGCUGGUUCUUGGGGCGCGGUUGAACUGGAUCCUGCACUUUGGGGAGCCGCCGAAAUGGUCCCCCAGGGCAAAGAUCAUCCAGGUAGAUAUCUGCGCCGAAGAGAUUGGACGGAAUGCCGGCACGGCGGAAUUAGGUAUUAUCGGUGAUAUCGGGCUGGUUGUUGAUCAGCUCCUAUCCUCAUUGUCGAACUGGCGCUACGCCCCUUCCCCUAUAGACGGCCGGUUUCCGACUCUGCUUGCGGAAUCAGCCAAGAAGAAUGAAGCCAAAGCACAAAAGGCCGCGCUUCUUCCCACGUCCCCAGGCUCACCAUUAACCUACCAACGAGCCUUCCAAGUCAUCAAGACCACGCUCAACUCAUUGACUCCCUUCGAAGAAGGAAAUAUUGUCUAUAUCUCAGAGGGCGCCAAUACAAUGGACAUAUCCCGGUCUGCGUUCCCCCUAAACCACCCCCGCCAACGACUCGACGCCGGCACAUACGCCACAAUGGGCGUUGGGAUGGGCUACAUCGUCGCCGCACACGAGGCCUACAACGCGAUCCCGCAACCCGGCAAGAAGCCCAAGAAAAUCGUCGCCCUGGAAGGCGACAGCGCCUUCGGGUUCAGCGCCAUGGAGAUCGAAACCAUGGCGCGGUACCGCAUCCCAGCGCUGAUUUUCGUGGUCAACAACUCCGGCAUCUACCACGGCGACAGCACCACGCAAGACUCCUGGAACGCCCUCCAGAACCAGACCAUCUCCAACGACACCAAGUCCGACGACGGCAAGAAAGGCCUCCGCUCCACCAGUCUCCUCUACGAGAUGCGCUACGAGAUGCUCGCCAAUAUGUGUGGCGGGAAGGGCUUUUUCGUGCGCAACGAGCAAGAGCUGGAGGUUGCUACUCGGGAGGGCUUCCGCAGUGAUACCGUCACCGUGGUCAAUGUGAUCGUGGAGCCGGGCAUCGGGAAGAAGAUCGGGUUUGCGUGGCAGGGAAAUAAUAAUGCAAAGGAGGGUUCGGCGAAGUUGUAG